CCCAUGGUCUGGGGUCGUCCGUUCGGACGAAAGGCUGGGAGAUGGAAAAGAAUAAAUGAAGGCUCAUUGUCUGGAGGAGGUCGUCGCACCGCCAUCCGUGAGCCCGACUCCAAGACUCUCACCAAGAAACAAUAGUUGGGACGCAGUAUUUUACGCCAACCUCUAAUCUCGAUCAGAAUGUCCAAGCCGUCAAUCCUACUUAUCCCGGGAUCCUUCGCGCUGCCCGAGUUCUAUGACCCGGUCAUCAACGCCGUCGCUGCAAAAGGGUAUGAAAUUCAAGGCCUCCACAAGCCAAGCGUGGGCUAUGCAGGCGGAAAGGCUCGGGAAGGAGUGCCACCACCAACCAUGUACGACGACGCUGCCUUCAUUGCCAGGGAGGUCGAGAAGCUCGCGGAUCAAGGGAAGGACGUGAUCCUGCUUGGUCACUCGUACGGAGGUGUCCCCUUGACGGAGAGCACCAAGGGCUUGAGCAAGGAAGAGAGGCAGAAAGAGGGAAAGAAGGGUGGGAUUGUGAAUCUGGCGUAUAUGACUGCUCUGGUGCCAGCUGUCGGGCAGACAGCAAAGGAUAUUCUGGCAGAUUUGCCCAAAGAGCAGCAAUUGGACCUGAAGGUUGAUGAGAAUGGCUGGAUGUAUCAUGAUCCGGCUGAAGCAUCAGCGGCUAUCGUGUUUUCCGAUCUCCCCAAAGAAGAAGGAGAGGCCUGGGUGAGGAAGUUCCCCAGGCACUCUGCUCUCAGUUUCGUUGGUGAAUUGACCCAUGCUGGGUACAAAGACAUUCCAGUGUCGUAUUUGCUCUGCGAAAACGACCUGUGCGUUCCAGCAAAUGUCCAGAGAGAAGGGAUUGACCUGAUCGAGAAGGAGAGCGGGAGGAAGGUUGAUGUGACCAGUAUCAAGGCGGAUCAUUGCCCCAUGGCUGCCCAACCGGAAGCAGUGAUAGACUGGAUCCUGAGCGUCGCAGCAAAGUAUUAGUUAAGGGGAAAGACGGAAUCCAGUUUGGGAAGUCCAAAUUGGACGGAUACGUUUGAUCGGAUCUAUUGCUCCGAACAUCGUUGCUCCAUUGCGCAGGGGUUGUGGCGAGCGAGUGUGCAUGCGCGGUAGACACAAGUUUCUGCAGUUACUCCGACAUGGACUUACACGAUCUUGGUCGCCGUCAACCUCGAGUAAUAAGCUAGUUAAAAAAACAGAAAGCCCCAU